AUGAAAUCUAAAUUCCCUUCAGCAACCAUUUUUAUUUAAAAAGUUUCCGAUUUUUGGAGUGAUCAAUAACUUUAACUGAGAGAAUGUGAUUUUAAAGAAGAUUAUUUUCUCUUCUACUCUCAUAAUAAAAAAUCUUACAAAAACAAAGUGUUAAAAAGACAUGGUCCUAUUAUUAAAAAGGUAAAGAAGAAUGUAAAUGGAUCAGAAUUAUGGUGUGAUGUUACAAAUGCAACGAUUGAGAUCCUUUAGAUACAACAUGUCGGUCAAGGAUUAAGAAUAACUAAAAAUUCAUAUUGCUUAGAGUUCUUUGGAUACAUAGAUGGUUGGUUUAAGGAAUUAAGGAAGUUCUGUAUUCAAAUACACAUAAAAAACCUAUUUAUUAUGAGCAAUAAACUAGGAAGUGGGAGCUUUGCAGAUGUUUAUAGAGUGAUAAGGAAAAGUGAUAAAAAAGAAUUUGCUGUAAAAAUAUACGAUAAAUAAUCGAGUAAAUUCGAUUCUGAAUGUAUCAUAAAGGAAUUAGAAAUAAUGAGAAAAAUGGAUCAUCCAAAUGUCAUAUCAGUACUAGAAACAUUUGAGUCGUAGAAAUCUGUAUUCAUUGUUACUGAAUUAUUGAUUAGUGGAAACUUAGAUGAUAUUCUUUCGAAGACAGUACUUUCAGAGGAUGAUGCUAUCAAAUGCAUAUUUAAAAUUAUAGAUGCUCUAACAUACAUACAUUCAUAAGGAGUGAUUCAUCGAGAUAUCAAACCAGAAAAUAUUUUAUUUAGAAAACCUAAUCUUGAGGAGUUGGUCAUAUCAGAUUUUGGAUUGGCUGAAUAUCACAAUAAUGAAGGUCAAUAUAAAUAUCAUCGCUGUGGAACUGCAGGCAAUAUGGCACCAGAGAUCCUAAAAGAUCAAUCCUAUGAUUAUAAGGCUGAUUGCUAUAGUGCUGGGAUUAUAUUGUACCAAAUGUUAACACAAAUGCGAUCUCCAUUUCUUGUUGAAGAUUAUCAAGAGACCAUUCAAAGAAAUGAAUAAGGCUAAAUUGAUUUCUCAGUAGUUCAAUCAUCUCCUGCUGUUGUGAACCUCGUAAAGUGGAUGUUAGAGUUGGAUCCUGAUAAGAGAUGUUCAGUACAAUAGGCUAGAUCUAAUAUCAUAUUCAAGAAAUUUAAUAGACAAACCAUCAUUAUUAAAAGAAAACGAUUUUAUUAGGAUCCAACAGUUUCUUGUUAAAGUUCGAGAAGUACUUCAAUUUAUCAAAGCCCUAUGAAUUAACCUUCUCCUCCUCUUCCUAUAGGUCCUUCAUAUAAAUAUCUUGGGUCCUAAAAUCUUCCAUUGAGACUCAGAAGCCAAGACAGAAAGUUGUUACCAUCUCCAAAUUAACGCAAUUCGGGAGCAAACAGUGCUAAAUUAUAAUUGAAAUAAAAAAGCACAAAUUUUAAAAUCAAUCCUAUAAUUAAUAAGACUAGAGUAUACUCUAGCAUAGGAUCAAAUAAAGCUAUUUGA